AUGGUCUUUCUUUUUUCCGUCAGUUUGUCGUUGGUUCGGGAUACUUUUAUCAAAUCUAUUUCUUUACAUGGCUAUUAUUUAACGUUAUUUGUAUACUUUUUUAUUUUAUUUUCUUCUUACACUAUUUUCCUUUUAUUUUCUAUACAUUUUUCUUUUCCCCUCCUUGAAUUUUGUUCAUUUUUUUUCUUUCUUUCUUUCUUUCUUUCUUUCUUUUCUUUUCCAAAUUAUCCUUGUUUAGUUUUGCCUUCUUUCUAUUCCAAGUUUUUCUUCUUUUUACAUUCUUAUCUUGUCAAAUUGUUCUUAAUCUUUCUUUCUUUUCCCUCAAGUUUUCUACGUUUCUUUCUUUCUUUCUUUCCAAAAAUAUUCUCGUUUUCUUUGCUUACUUUUCUUACCUUUCUCAUUUUUUUCUGCUCUCUUUUCUUUAUAUUUCUUCCAAAUUUUCUUUCUUUCUAUUUAUGUUGA